CACAGUCAGCCUCUCCUCCGGCGUCAUCUCAGUAGCCGUCUCGCCCUCGCCGUAGAGGUUGAUGUCGCCGUUGCCGUAGCAGGAGUCGAGCGGAGUGGAGGAGGAGAAGGGGGAUUUAACUUUACCACGGAAAAUACCUAUGGUUGGAUUUCGGGUAUUUUUUCCUUCGCCAAUGCCAAAGGAAAUAUGCAGCGAAGCUUCACCAUCCUCUGCACCAGUUUACUGGGGAUAUGCUUGGGUUCAACCGCAGGUUUCCCAAGUAACAUCAAUAUAGGUGGAUUAUUCCCAAUCGAAUCACACGAAUAUGAGGUUUUUCGGUUCGCGCUCACGCAUCACCUGGAAGUCCCCAAACUGGUGCCGCAGGUGGAUGUGGUCAAGAUGGGGAACAGCUUCUCAAUGACAUAUGCAUUCUGCUCCCAGUUCUCUAAGGGGGUGUACGCCAUCAUCGGGCUCUACGACCGUAAGACGGUCAACAUGCUCAUGUCCUUCUGUGGCGCGCUGCACGUGUGCUUCGUCACGCCGUCCUUUCCCAUCGAGACGGCCAACCAGUUCGUCAUCCAGCUGAGGCCCGAGCUGCAGGACGCCCUGGUGGGGGUGAUCGACCACUACAGCUGGACCAAGUUUGUCUACAUGUACAGCUCCGAUUCAGGACUUUCCGUGCUUCAGAAAGUUCUGGACACGGCAGCGGAAAGGAACUGGCUGGUGACGUCGGUCAACGUGGAGACCAUGACGGAGGCGUCCUUCCUCAAGGUGUUCCAGGACCUGGACAAGAGGAAGGAGGGCCAGAUCAUCAUCGACUGUGAGACCGAGCGGCUUACCGGCAUCCUCAAGAAGAUCGUCGAACAAGGCAAGAAUGCUAAAAGCUACCACUACAUCUUGGCCAACAUGGGGUUCCUGGACAUCGACCUGACGGACCUGAGGAAAGGCGGGGCCAACAUCACAGGUUUCCAGCUUGUGAACAACUCUGAUCCGGGCAUCAGCCAAGUGGUGCAGCAGUGGAUGGAGUUUGACAACAAAGACGUCAAAAUGCCCAAGAGAAGCCUCAAGUACACUGGCGCCCUGACAUACGACGGUGUUAAAGUGAUGUCCACGGCCUUCCAGAACCUGAGGAGGCAGAGGAUCGAUAUCUCGCGCCGGGGCAACGCCGGCGAAUGCCUGGCGAACCCGCCGGCCCCCUGGGGACAGGGCAUUGACAUCCAGAGAGCACUGCAGCAGGUUCGUAUCGACGGGCUGACCGGUCACAUCCAGUUCAAUGAGAAAGGGCGCAGGACCAACUUCACUGUCAGCGUGAUGGAGCUAGCUCUCUCUGGACCCAAGAAGGUGGGCUACUGGAACGAGAACGAGAAAUACGUGAACACGGCACACUUUGUACGGGGCAGCAACGAUACCUACAGCCUCCAGAACAGAACGUACAUCGUCACCACCAUCCUGGAGUCUCCGUACGUGAUGCUGAAGAAGAACCACGAGCAGCUGGCGGGCAACGAUAAGUACGAGGGCUACAUCGUGGAGCUGGCGGCCGAGAUAGCCAAGCACGUGGGCUACCAUUACAAGCUCAAAAUUGUCACGGACGGCAAGUACGGAGCCAGGGACCCCGAGACCAAGAUGUGGAACGGCAUGGUGGGGGAGCUGGUGUACGGGAAAGCGGACGUGGCGGUGGCUCCUCUGACCAUCACCCUGGUGCGCGAGGAGGUGAUCGACUUCUCCAAGCCCUUCAUGUCCCUGGGCAUCUCCAUCAUGAUCAAGAAGCCCACCAAGUCCAAGCCGGGGGUCUUCUCCUUCCUGGACCCGCUGGCCUACGAGAUCUGGAUGUGCAUCGUGUUCGCCUACAUCGGCGUCAGCGUGGUGCUCUUCCUGGUCAGCCGCUUCAGCCCGUACGAGUGGCACGCCGAGGACUAUGAGGAGGGCGGAGAGCCCCAGUCCCCCACCCAGGCCUCGGCCAACGGGGGCCAGCAGGGCCAGUCCGCCGGCCAGCAGAACCCCGCCCAGCAGAGCCCCGAGCAGAACAAUGAGUUUGGCAUCUUCAACUCCCUCUGGUUCUCCCUGGGGGCCUUCAUGCAGCAGGGCUGUGACAUCUCACCCAGGUCUCUGUCUGGGCGCAUCGUGGGGGGCGUGUGGUGGUUCUUCACCCUCAUCAUCAUCUCCUCCUACACGGCCAAUCUGGCCGCCUUCCUCACGGUGGAGAGGAUGGUGUCCCCCAUCGAGAGUGCCGAGGACCUGGCCAAGCAGACGGAGAUCGCCUACGGCACGCUGGAUGCCGGCUCCACCAAGGAGUUCUUCAGGAGGUCCAAGAUCGCCGUGUUCGAGAAGAUGUGGUCCUAUAUGAAGUCUGCCGACCCGUCCGUGUUCGUGAAGACGACGGACGAGGGCGUGGUGCGCGUCCGCAAGUCCAAGGGCAAGUACGCCUACCUGCUGGAGUCCACCAUGAACGAGUACAUCGAGCAGCGGAAACCCUGCGACACCAUGAAGGUGGGAGGGAACCUGGACUCUAAGGGCUAUGGGAUCGCCACCCCUAAGGGUUCCCACCUCAGAAACCCAGUAAACCUGGCAGUGUUAAAACUGAACGAGCAGGGCCUGUUGGACAAAUUGAAAAACAAGUGGUGGUACGACAAGGGAGAGUGCGGCAGCGGGGGAGGGGACUCCAAGGACAAGACCAGCGCCCUGAGCCUCAGCAACGUGGCGGGGGUCUUCUACAUCCUGAUCGGGGGCCUGGGCCUGGCCAUGCUGGUGGCCCUGGUCGAGUUCUGCUACAAGUCCCGAACCGAGUCGCGGCGAAUGAAGCAGUCCAUCAACGACGCCAUGCACUGUUCGACCCUGACCAGGAUGAGAGGAGUUGGGGAGAACGGCCGCCUCCUAGCCCACGACUUCCCCAAGACCGUGCAGACGCUGCCCUGUAUGAGCCACACUGCCAGCCUGGGGUUGGGGGCCUCGGGCAUGUGAUCGCGUCACGUGACACCAAAACGGCGGCAAGUCAUUGGCAGGGUCGGACCGAGAGGAGCACAGGACUCUUUGACUCACAACAAAAAAACCUGGCUGGCAGGAUUGGCUACCCUUGCGUUUAAUUCCAGCACAAAUCA